AUGUCAAAGAAGAAUAUUGUUUUAAAAAGCUCAAACGGCAUAACCUUUGAGGUUGAAGAAGCGGUGGCCCUACAGCCGGAGGCCAUAGCCUACAUGAUUGAAGAUGACUGCGCCAAUGACACAAUCCCUCUUGCCAACAUCACAGGCGAUAUCCUCACUUUGUUGAUCGAAUAUUGCAAGAAACACGUCCCAAAGAUUUUCAAUCUGCUUUUGGCUGCUGAUUUCCUUAACAUCAAAACCCUUUUUGAUCUCACUUGUCAGUUCGUCGCUGAUACGAUGAUCAAAGGUAAAACUGUUGUGGAAGUUCGUAGGACUUUAAACAUUGAGAAGGAUUACACAUCCGAGGAAGAAGCAGAGGUUCGCCAAGAAAACGAAUGGGCUUUUAAAUGA